GUUCUUUUUGGAAAGCUCUUUUUCUCUCUAAAAUACUAUAUUCCAAGUUUACCAAUGAAGAUUUAUUUUUGUUGUCACUCUCUCUCAACUGACAAAUUUUCAAGCUCUGCAAUUAUUAUGGUUUCUAGGUUUUUGUUAAAAGCUCCAAACUUUGAAACAAAAUCCAGUUAAAGCUCCAAACUUUGAAGCAAAUUGUAGAACCCCACUCUGUAAAUUAGUCUCUUUCUUUCAUAUUUUGCUUCGUCAAAUUGUUUUGAAGAGGAAAAAAUGACUGUAGAACAGGGGAUUGGAGAUAGCAAUAUAGAUCAGUUUCCUAUUGGUAUGAGAGUUUUGGCUGUUGAUGAUGACCCAACUUGUCUUUUACUGUUAGAGACUCUACUCCGAAGAUGCCAGUACAAUGUUACUACGACGAGUCAGGCAAUCACGGCAUUGAGGAUGUUGAGAGAAAACAAGAACAAGUUUGACCUGGUUAUCAGUGAUGUCCAUAUGCCAGACAUGGAUGGUUUUAAAUUGCUGGAGCUCGUGGGGCUUGAGAUGGACCUACCUGUCAUCAUGUUGUCAGCAAACGGUGAUCCAAAGCUUGUGAUGAAGGGGAUCACUCAUGGAGCUUGUUAUUAUUUGCUCAAGCCUGUUCGAAUUGAGGAGCUAAAGACCAUCUGGCAACAUGUGAUUAGGAGAAAGAAAAGUGAUAACAAAGACAGAAACAGCUCGGAUAACCGAGACAAGCCUAAUCAAGGAAGUAGUGAAGCAGUACCUGACCAGAAGCUUAAUAAAAAAAGAAAAGACCAGAAUGGAGACGAGGAUGAGGAUCAUGAUGAGGACGAGGACGAGCAUGAAAAUGAGGAUCCAACAACCCAAAAGAAGCCCCGGGUUGUAUGGUCAGUGGAGCUGCAUCGCAAGUUUGUUGCAGCCGUUAAUCAAUUGGGCGUUGACAAGGCUGUUCCAAAGAAGAUUCUUGAUUUGAUGAAUGUUGAAAAGCUUACUAGAGAAAAUGUGGCAAGCCAUCUCCAGAAAUAUAGGCAUUACCUUAAAAGGAUCAGCACCGUGGCAAACCAGCAAGCUAAUAUGGUGGCAGCUCUGGGCAGUUCAGAUGCAUCAUACCUGCAAAUGAAUUCUAUGAGUGUACUGGGAUUGCACAGCUUGGCUGGAUCUGUGCAGUUUCACAGCACACCCUUCAGAUCUCUCCAAUCUAGUGGAAUGCUUGAUAGGUUGAAUUCUCCUGCUGUUCUGGGCAUUCACGGUCUUCCUUCUCCUGGAGUGAUUCAAUUAGGUCAUGUACAGACUGCACCCCACACGGCUAAUGGUCUAAGUCACUUCCAACCAGUUGGACACCGAGGAAAUAAUGGGAACAUACUGCAAGGGAUGCCAAUGCCAUUAGAACUUGAUCAAAUACAAUCCAACAAAGGUGUGAACUACAUUCCGGAACUUCCUACUCAUCUUGAUGACACAGCCAGUUUCCCUGUUUCCAGUGGUUCCACAGAUAUGAAAAUAAUUGCUGGAAGCUCAAACAGCCCUUUUGUUGGUGUUUCAAACAAACACCUGAUGUUGGAAGGACAUGGUCAAGGGCUCCAAGAUGGCCAAAAAUCUGGAAAGCAAUCUUCUCUUUCAGCAGGGUCUUUAAAUCCAGGAUAUUCUUCCCAUUUUCCAGAUCAUGGUAGAUGUAAUGACAACUGGUCCAACGCUGUUCCGUCAAAUGGGGCCCAGUCAGAUUCUUUUACGUUGAAUGACUAUUUUAAGCAAUCUACUCUGCAUCCUAGUGCCAUCAGAGACCGCAUGUCAACAAUGGCCUUGCAAAGCAGGAAUAAUCCUUGUGAUGUUUCUUCUGUCUCAACUCUUCCCAUGCAUUUACAGGACUCCAAAGCAGAUCUACCAUGCCGAGUGGGAGUGGCUACAGUGAGUAGUAAUGCUGGACAGCUAAUUAAUAAUGGCUCUCUAGGGUGGGAUGACCGUAGGCAGGAUGAUCCUUACCACUCAAAUGGCCUAUCUAACUCAAUAAACUCAGCAUUUCCUAUUAAUGGUAAUGGGAGUCCCAAUGGGUUCAAUUUAGAUCCAAAUAACCUGUUUUUUCAGAGAACCACAAGCUUCAUUUCAACUGGACCGUCAAAUUUUGUUGAUACCUCAUUGAUGAAGCAUAAUGAGGUUGAAUGUUCAGCCAUGGAAACAUUAGUGAGGUCAAAAGAUGGGUAUUUGCUAGGCCAAGAGAAGCCACAGGACAGUUCUGUUUCGAAUAAUUUUGGCUCCUUGGAAGAUUUGGUGAGCGUAAUGAUCAAUCAGCCAACCAUUCUUGGUUAGGAGAAUAGUCUGGGAACAAGACAGGUGAAGCUACCAGAAGGAGACUUCGGAUGUGGUGGUUAUUCUCUAAGGAAUUGCAUAUAAAGCAGAUUUAAGCUGCCAAGGUCUCUAAAGAGGAUGAUCUGCAGAAGCUUUGUGCUUUCUUGCAGAUGAGUUAUUCCUAGUGUAAUUGAUACUCAAUAUAUCUAUGUAUUCCACUUCUAAUUUUCUUUAGAGAACUGUAUGUUAAUUGCAGUUGUUUUGUCCUCCUCAAA